AUGUACGCCGACACAAUGAAGGGUCACCAACCCAAAGGGCGCACUAGGGACGACGACACCUUCAAAAGGCUCGCGGGUGCCUGGCCGACAUACUUUCCCGAGAAGGCCGAGGUCGGGCUAUCGGAGUCCGACCAUAAGGUCCGCCUCGCCACCGCCUUGGCUGAAUCCUUCUCCACGCUCGAGGUGGCGGAAGUCCUUUUCUCACGGAUUGAAGAUGAUGGCAAUGACAUCAUAUGUCUUCCAAUUGAUUUCCAGCAGCUUCAGGAGAUGCUCUGCGCCGAAAGGCAAAAUCAACAAGAUCUUUUGAACAUAAAAUUCAACAAGAUCAAUAUCAGGCUUUACAACACGGGGCGAAUACAGGAGCUUGCAAGUGCUGACAACCACGAAGAGGGCCGAGUGCCACGGACCAUCGUAACAGUAACUGGAAUUGUGAAAGUGCUUAACAACUAUAUGGAUGUUGGAGGAGGGAAGUCCAGAAUCAGUAAUCAGGGUUUAUACUACCUGUACCUGGAGGCAGUUUCAGUAAGAAAGUCGAAGUCCCAUGCUGUUUCAGACAAAGAAAUUCAGGCUAGUGGGAUUUGUCAUUUUCAGUCUUGUACUGAAAAGGAUGAUUUCGCUGUCAAAUAUAGAGAAAGAUAUGGUACCGAUGUAUUUCGCCGAAUACUUCAAUCCUUUUGCCCCUCUAUCUAUGGGCAUGAACUUGUAAAAGCUGGUAUCACACUCGCUCUUUUUGGCGGUGUGCAGAAGAACUCAAUGGAUCAAAACAAGGUCCCUGUUCGUGGAGAUAUUCAUGUUAUUGUAGUUGGUGAUCCAGGGUUAGGCAAGAGCCAACUCCUCCAAGCUGCAGCCGCUGUUUCCCCACGAGGAAUAUAUGUAUGUGGGAAUACGACAACAAAGGCUGGCCUAACUGUUGCAGUGGUUAAAGAUUCUAUGACAAAUGAUUAUGCAUUUGAGGCUGGUGCCAUGGUCCUUGCUGAUCGUGGAAUAUGCUGUAUUGAUGAGUUUGAUAAAAUGUUUGCAGAGCAUCAGGCUUUACUUGAAGCCAUGGAGCAGCAAUGUGUUUCUGUUGCAAAGGCUGGCCUUGUAGCAAGUUUAUCAGCUCGUACUUCAGUGUUGGCAGCUGCAAAUCCUAUUGGUGGUCAUUAUGAUCGAGCAAAAACAGUGAACGAGAAUCUGAAGAUGAGUGCUGCCCUCCUUUCUCGGUUUGACUUGGUGUUUAUUCUACUUGACAAGCCAGAUGAGUCACUAGAUAAAAGAGUGUCAGACCAUAUAAUAGCUUUCCAUACCAAUGAUCUUGAUAAUUUCAGACCCAACAAGAGGAUCAGAACAGUGUCACAAUUUAAUGGUGAUCUGGGGCUUGGAGUUAGUGGAAAUUCAGUAGCUUCAAGACUGAGGCUACACCCAGAGAAAGACAAGGGUUUCACUCCAUUAGCUGGGCAACUUCUUCGCAAAUAUAUAUCUUAUUCAAGAGAACAUGUCUUCCCCCGAAUGUCAAAGGCAGCAGCUGCAAUUCUGAAAGACUUUUAUUUGAAGUUGAGAAACCGCAGCACUUCUGCUGAUGGUACACCCAUCACAGCCAGGCAGUUAGAAAGCCUAGUCAGAUUAGCUGAAGCUCGUGCUCGUGUGGAUCUAAGAGAUGAAGUGACUGAAGAAGACGCUCAGGAUGUUGUUGAUAUCAUGAAAGAAUCUCUGUAUGACAAAUAUGUUGAUGAACAUGGUUAUGUCGAUUUUGCUCGGAGCGGUGGGAUGAUCCAACCGAAGGAGGCAAAGAGGUUUCUGAAUGCAUUAAACAAGGAAUCUGAGUUGCAGCAAAAAGACUGCUUUUCAAAAACUGAGCUUUGCACCUUAGCUGAUAAGAUCAGCUUGCGAGUUCCAGACUUCGACGCUCUUAUAGAAAAGAUAAACAUUGAAGCUGGUGACUGCGUCAUAUUAACAAUGCCAGCCAACGAGGUCAAGAUGGAUGAUCUCCAGACACUCUGA